UCCUUCUGCUGCAGUCCUGCCGGAGCAACGCACGUGUGAAAUUUAUAAUAACCACCAUGUCCGGCUCAUUUUCUCAGCAGUUGGAGGAUUUACUUAACCCACAGCCGAAAUUCAUUGAUCCCGAAGACGAUGGCGACGAGGAAACUAAAGCCCGGGUGAUAGAAAAGUUUGACGAAGAUGAAGACGAGGAGGAGGACGAUGGAGACGGGAGACCGAGCGCGCUGAGGAAACACGCCGCCUCUCUGCUAUCAGACACGGACAGGAGGUAUGCGGGCAAGGCGGUGUCCCGAAAACAACUGAAGCGGGACAUGGAGGAUGACGACGAUGAUGAUGAUGUUGAUGUUGAAGAUGAUGAGGAAGAGGGUGAAGGGGAUGAUGAUGAUGAACAGGAGGAGGUUGAAGAGGAGGAAGAAUCAGAAGAAGCGCUUCAAGAAUCAGAUGAAGAUGUAAAUGACGAUGAUCAUAAUCUAAACAACUCUGAAGUGGCUUUUUGUAAAGGAGUGGACUUCCACAAACUGACAAAGGGCAUGGAUGACUUAGGAGUGAGUGAGGGGGAAGAGGAAGAGGAGGAUGAGGAAGAAAGUGGCGAGGAAAGUGAAGAAGAAAGCGACGAAGAGGAAAGCCGUGAGGAGGAUGACAUGGAACAAGACUACGACAACUCCACCGUGCGCACAUUUUCUCAAGUCAACGAGGAAGUAGAGAAAGGCAAGGCCGUGAAGAACCAACUCGCUCUGUGGGACCUGCUUCUAGAGGGACGAAUCAAAUUUCAGAAAGCUCUCCUUUCCGCCAAUCAGCUCCCUCAACCUUUGACCUUUCCAGAAUUCAAGAAAAACGCAGAAUUCGCUGGAGCUCUGAAAAAUUCACACAAAGCACUGAAAGCUCUCCAGAGAUCAUUACUGGAGUUACACGAUGAACUUCUUGUACAAAAUGCAGAUACAAGAGCGAUCAGUUUGGGGGAACAAAACGAGGAAAUUCUAAGUGAUGAAGAAGAUUGCGAAAUUGAACUAAAUAGUAAGAAGCUACAAAAACGUAAACUAGAAAUGGCAGAAUAUCCAGAUUUGAUGGCCAAACGUUUUGCGGUUUUCACACCUUACCAAAACACAACUCUCCAAAAGUGGCAUGACAAAACCAGGUUAACCAUGGGUAAAACCAGCAAAUCUUUUGGUGCAUUUGAAAGAAACAUACUUACCCAAAUUGAACAAGUGCUUAUGGAUAAAGAGAGACUAAUAAAGCGCACGCAAACUCGCCGAUCAGAAUAUAAGGUCAUGGGAAAAAAAGGUGCACUGACAUCCGAAAGUGAAAUCAUUAGAGAGGAGCCUGAGAAACAACUAAAAACAAACUCUCAUCUCAAAGACGUUGAUGAGGACAUUUUUGAUGAUGAUGAUUUUUACCAUCAGUUAUUGAGAGAGCUUAUUGAACGCAAAACUAGUGCGGCCGACCCCAAUGACCAAGUGGCCAUGGGCAGGCAGUGGUUGGCAAUACAGAAGCUGAGGAGUAAGAUAAAGAAGAAAGUGGAUACCAAGGCAAGUAAAGGGCGGAAAGUCAGGUACCACGUUCACAGUAAGCUGGUCAACUUCAUGGCUCCUAUGGAUCACAGUGCAAUGACGGAUGAAGCCAAGAGUGAACUGUACAGAGGGCUUUUUGGACAGAAUGCAACCACCAGGGAGUGACCUCAGAUGAAUCUAACUGUGUAUGUGUAUAUAUGUGUGUGUGUAAAUAUAAAUUAGGAUACACAUUAUCAUGCUUAAUUCAUAUAAACUCUUGAUAAUGCAUAAGCCAAAA